AUGUAUACAACCACAACUUCGAAGUACGACCGACAAUUUCCGGCUUUGGAAAGAAAGAUGGGUCCAGUCACAAGCAGAACAUCCAAACCCUUCAUUCAUCCGAGUGAAGUCCAGCCCGAUGCGAAGCUUAAACCUUUAACUCAGGCUGAGGAAGUUCUGAAUUGGCAAUCUGAAAACAUGGUUUCUCAAAAUGAAAUUCUUCAAAACCUUGACAAAAAGGUAGAUAAAAUUGCUGAAAAAAUAGACAAGACAGAUGAAGAUCUCAAGGUUUUAUCCCAAAAAAUGCAGAAACAUUACAGAAGCUUGAAAGCCCAAGUAUCCCAGCUAGAUCGGGAUUUGUGGCAGAUGUUAGAAGAAAGAGCUUUUGGUAAAACAUUUGACCAAAAGGAAAGAGAAAUCAGAAGUCUACAAAGCCAAGUAAAAGAGAUAGAUAAUUUCUUAAGAGCCUCUCAUGAAAGAAAGCCCAAACCGGUUGAAAAAUCUUUCUUGGAUCCUCCUACUUUUCCUACAUAUUUCAAACGACUAGAAAGGCCUUCUUCUUUCUACCCUGUUUAUGUUUCAUCACCAUCAGACCCAGUUAAAUAUAUACCAACAGCUUACAGACCAAGAUCUUCCAGAACUACCACUACCUCAACCUCCAAAACAAAGGGGAAAGCUGCCUGCUUAAGCGCUUCAUCCUCAAACUCUCAAGAUAUCCCUGAAACACCCCCUUCAAAAAUCCAAAAGGAACAAGAAAUUCCUAAUAAAGGUUUCCAAGCCAUGGCAAUCACUACAAAUCAUGAAUCUCCUCAGAAAGAUCACUCUGAAUCAUCAAAACAAAAGGGAGACGAGUCCUUCUCAGAUGAUGACAACAACUCUGAUCCAGAAUCAUCUUCAGAUGAGACACCGAGAUCUUUUUCAACUAAAUCAGAAUCUGAAGACAACUAUUUUCCAAGACUCUAUGACGAAUGUAAAAGAGGAAGAAUCCUUUUUUGA